AUGCAGUUCUUAACCGCUUCAGUCCUCGCCACGCUGAUCUCCGCGGCUGCCGCAGCCAAGCAGAUGCAGAUCAACUACUACAGCGACACCAAAUGCAAGUCAUAUUCCGGUCAACUCGAUGUGACCUGGGCACAAAGCAUUUACGCAGGAAAGACAAACUGCUACAACUACCAUUAUGGGUCCAGCAUGCUGAUCGCAGAAUGCCAGGCCGGAGGGUGCCUCUGCAAUAUCUACAAGUCAAGGGACUGCAAUGGCUAUCUGGAUCAGAUGAGAUAUACUGGGGACUGCAAGUGUAAGACGGCAACGAGCUUGGCCCAGGCUUUUGCGUGUUACUACAACGCGUGA